UCCUUCCCAGGGUGUAGUCCCUCGGCUUUCCCCAGUGGGUGACCAGCCUUCAGGGCAGGAGAAAGCGGCUGAUCCCACUCGGAGAGGAAACCUUGUUGUAAACUUCCUGCUCCCUCCACAGAAACUUCCUGCGAAGUUUUGAAACAGUUGGGAAACUUGUGCAAAGGGCGGCAUGGUUAGGGGGAAAGGACAGAGUGUGUGAGGGGAGAGAUGGACAGUCUCUCUCUCUGACUCUGGGCAGCAGGAGAUAAAGAGGCAGGAGUCUGCAGAGUUGCCAGGCCACUCUGUGAGAGGCUGUAGUUCCGACAACAGCACUCCAGCCUGGACUACACUCUUGUGAGUGGGUGUUAACCUCUGAAUGAAAUUCUCCACCUCUCCCAUUGGGAGAUCAGACACUUUGCUGCUCUUGGUUGCUGUUUGUAGUUUUUUUCCCCCUUAAAAAUAUAUAUAUUUUCUUCCACCCUGCUGCUGAGCUGUUACAGUCAGAUUUUGUUUAUUUUCUGAGCCGUGGACCAUGGAUAAAUAUGAGGAUUUGGGACUGGAGGCCAGUAAAUUCAUCGAAGAUUUGAAUAUGUAUGAAGCUUCCAAGGACGGGCUGUUCCGUGUGAACAGGGAAAGUUGUAAGCCCGAGUUUGAGGAGACCAGGCGUGUGUUUGCCUUUAAGAUGAACAAGAUCCAUCAGCAGAGGCAGCAGGAGAUGGCGAGGAUGGGGCAGGUCGCUCACCCUGGCCGGUUAAACGGGGCUUAUCCUAGCCCCCAGCCCCCCAGUGAAGCCGACAGGCCGCCCAGCUCGGAGCGAGCCGCCCGCCUCCAGAAGCGCUACAGCGGCGAGGGAGCCGCCAAGCCCCCGGUCUCUGGCCCGGUACCCCCGGAGCCUCACCGGCUCAGUCUUUACCCUCAGGACCCCGGCCUCAGGACCGGCUCGGAGGGUGAGGCCCCCGGCAACAGGGCGUCCGCUCGGCCCGAUCACCUCCAGUCUAGCCCCAGGUCCAGUUGGAAUCGGGAGACCAGGUCGGGGGUCUCCAGCCCCAGAUCCAGCGUGAUCUCCAGUGAUCCAGCCCCUUAUAGCCCCACCAAGGGGAUCCCAGACCAGACCCACAUGGGUAGCCUCAAAUCCAGCCCCAGAUCCAGUGUGAUCUCCAGUGAUCCAGCCCCUUAUAGUCCCACCAAGGGGAUCCCAGACCAGACCCACAUAGGUAGCCUCAGAUCCAGCCCCAGAUCGAGUGUGAUCUCUAGUGAUCCAGCCCCUUAUAGCCCCACCAAGGGGAUCCCAGACCAGACCCACAUGGGUAGCCUCAGAUCCAGCCCCAGAUCGAGUGUGAUCCCUAAUGAUCCAGCCCCUUAUAGCCCCACCAAGGGGAUCCCAGACCAGACCCACAUGGGUAGCCUCAGAUCCAGCCCCAGAUCGAGUGUGAUCCCUAAUGAUCCAGCUCCUUAUAGCCCCAUCAAAGGGAUCCCAGACCAGACCCACCAGGGUAGCCUUAGAUCCAGCCCCAGAUCGAGUGUGAUCUCUAGUGAUCCAGCCCCUUAUAGCCCCACCAAGGGGAUCCCAGACCAGACCCACCAGGGUAGCCUCAGAUCCAGCCCCAGAUCGAGUGUGAUCCCUAGUGAUCCAGCCCCUUAUAGCCCCACCAAGGGGAUCCCAGAACAGACCCACCUGGGUAGCCUCAAACAUACCCCCAGUCCCAGGUCCAGCCUCUUGCAGUAUGGCCCCCUUCCCUCCAGUCCCACGGUCCCCGAGCCUGACGCUUAUCGACCCCAAGGGCAGGAAGAGCCCCCGCGCUGCCCGGACUCGCGGCCGGCCACUCACCCCGAAGGGGAUACUGACCCAAGGGGAGCUGACGGCGGCCGAGGGAGUAGAAACCAGGCCACUCCGGGCAAGAACCAGCUCCCCCUGUUCCCGCAGGAUGCGGACUAUAAGCUGGCGCCUGGGCUGCCCGAGCCCCGUCAGGAAUCCAGCCCUAGGGUCCGCCUGCCAUGUCAGACCCUCCAUGUGCAGCCGGCCACUGGACCAUCCAGGGCUGAACUCAAAGUCGAAGCUCUCACCCAGCGCCUGGAGCAGGAAAUGGAUGCGAAUCCCAAGGCGGAAUAUUUUGGAACGUGUGUGAAGUGUAACAAAGCGGUUUAUGGAGCACAUCAGGCUUGUCAAGCCAUGGGGAACCUGUACCAUGAUGCCUGUUUCACCUGCAGUGCCUGUAGCCGACGGCUGCGGGGAAAAGCCUUCUACUUUGUCAACGGGAGAGUGUACUGCGAAGAGGAUUUUCUGUACUCUGGUUUCCAGCAAUCUGCUGAUAAGUGUUUUGCCUGCGGCCACUUGAUAAUGGAUAUGAUUUUGCAGGCUUUGGGCAAGUCCUACCAUCCUGGAUGUUUCCGCUGUGUCAUCUGUAACGAGUGCCUAGACGGUGUACCCUUCACUGUAGACACUGAGAACAAGAUCUACUGCAUCCGAGACUACCACAAAGUGUUAGCUCCAAAGUGUGCUGCAUGUGGCCAGGCCAUUCUGCCAGCAGAGGGCUGUGAUGAAACCAUUCGGGUGGUCUCUAUGGAUAACGAUUACCACGUGGAGUGCUAUCAUUGUGAAGACUGUGGCCUGGAGCUGAACGAUGAAGAGGAUCACCGUUGCUACCCUCUGGAUGGACACUUACUCUGUCACACAUGUCACCUGAAGCACAUUGACAGUAGAACACCUGGCACCAUCUACCAGCCCAAGUACUAGCCCUUCCUCGAGACAGGGUCUUCAUGCCCAUCAGUUCAGAUUGACACUGAAGCUGCAAUUAAAAAAAACCUCCCCUCCCCCAGCAUCAUCUGAGGCAUCUACGUAAUGAUGUCCUCCGACACAACCUUCCUCAUCCACUGAAGGGGAACAGAAACUAAAAACAGGAGCCAGCUCUCAGUGUGUAACAAUCCUUCAAAGACUCAAUUGUUUGCUAUAUUUUACCAAGACUGACCAGAUCCCCAUGUUACAGAAUUGCAGUGUCACCAAAAUUCAGGAUCCCGUUGUCAUUCCAAAUUGUAUUGAAGUCAACUUUGCCUGAACAUCCUGCAGGACUUUGUUUUUAUAUAAAAUAAGGUUUCGUUUUGAACUUGUCACAUAACUGCAUUCCCAGAACAGGGAAUGGAUCCCGUGUCGAAAAGUCAGUUGGAGUGUCUGCGGGCAAACGCUGGCACAGCGGGAAUCUCACUGGCCUGCAAAUCCUGAAAUCCAGGCCGAGGACGCUGGUUCACAUCCAGCCAUGACAGCUGGUGGAAUUUUUCAGUUGCGCUCGAUAAAUCUGGAAUUAGAAGCUGGUCUCGCAGCAGUGUCCCUGACAGGCGUCCUCGGCUUGAUGUGAAAGCCCAUCUUGGUUCACCUCAUGUCCUGUUGGGAAUUCUGUCAUCCUUAGCUGGUGUUGGGCUACGUGUGACUCCAGACUCUCAGCAACAUGUAUGCCUCUUACCUGCCCUCCGAAAUAGCCCGAGCAAGUUGCUGAGUUCAAGGGCAACUCGAGAUGGGCAACAAAUGCUGGCCUAGCCGAACAAUGCCCAUAAAAGAUUAGAAAAAGUGUCAUGGUUGUCAUGUUGGUGAGGCAGAAACCUGUUGAGAAUUUAAACCUGCUCUGAGGUAAUAUUCAAUAACAUGUUUCCUGCUCUUUGGCAAAGACGUUUUCCAGGUGAAUGUAUUAUGGUCAUAAAGAAUCAAUCCAUCAACUCCCCUGAUCUUGUACGGGACGUUGUGCUCUUCCUAUGUUGAAAUGGCAUGCAAACUUUAAAAAUUUGGCCUCCAAAUCAUCCUCCUCCUCCUCCUCUUUCCCCAGCUUAAACCCUUCCCUGAAACUGUCACGAUUGUGUAUGUUAAUAUAUUUUGUCUAUUAACAUCAACUGCCAAUGUACCUGCUGUUUUUAAGACAAAAUGAUUAUUUUAGCCCCAAGAGAACGUUUUAAGUUGUUGGGAUAGAAUCUGGAAUGUGUCGGCCGAGUCACAGAACAGUCACGGGUCCGAGUGAGGUCAUUCAGCCCAUCUUGCCUGUGCUGGUCCUGUUCAAGAAUGUAUUUGUAUCCUUCGCGGUUCUCAAUCCUACGAGAUUCAUAAUGUGUUGCAUAAUCUGUGUCCGAAAAAAAAUCUCUAAAGUAGGAAAGUAAGAUUUAAGCAUAUUUUUAACUUCAAAAAAAAUCCCUAAAAUCAGAUACUGUUUAGAAAGUGCUUUAAGUGCUUUUUGUUUUCACAAAUUUCAAUUACAUCAGCAGCCUUCAAAAUGAACAGCCCACACGCAUCACCCAUUGCCUUCCAAAUAAAUCAGUCUGGGCUCAGAUGUUUUUUUCACUGCAGUUAUUGGUAGCAAAGCUCUUCUCUGUACAAGGGCUGAGAAAGUAACAUUCUGAGGAAUGUCUUCCUUGCACUGCACCCUUCAUUAUGGUUUAGAUAGAGGUCAUUCUACUCAUUAGGUCCUGACCGGCUCUCUGCAGGGCAAACCAGUCAGUUCCAUUCUCCCGCUCUGUCCCUGUAGUCCUGCAGGUUGCUUGACAAUCUGACCCCCACCCCGCUGACCAUUUCUGUUCCCACUACCUUUCUGUGUGGUAAGCUCCAAGUCAUCACUGCAUGUCUAAACAAAUAAAAGUUUUUCCUCAUAUUGGAGGCCUGUUUAUUUUGGUGGACCCAUACCAAAGCAUUAAACUCGUGAGAAACAAGUUAAUAGUACACUGAGUCAAAGCGCCAUACGAAGAACAAGCCACUGUGGUCAGUCCAUUUGCCAACCAAUCAGCAGUCUUCUCUCCUCCAACAUAAAAAUGGGUUUUCCCUGUGAAUUAGUACUUGCAAAUUAUGCUGAUGAGUACAAGACUGAACAAAAUGUAAAAUCCAAAAGAACUGCAGAUGCUGUAAAUCAGGAACAAAAACAAAGUUGCUGUAAAAGCUCGGCAGAUCUGGCAGCAUCUGUGGAGGAGAAAGCGGAGUUAACGUUUUGGGCCCGGUGACCCUUCCUCAGAAGGUUCUCAGGAAGGGCCACUGGAUCCGAAACGUUAACUCUGUUUUCUUCUUCACAGAUGCUGUCAGACCUACUGAACAAAAUGUGUCUGUUUUUCAGCAAUGCUUGAGUUCUGUACUACCAAACAACUAUAUGCACUGUAAGACAUUACUUUCUUUUUAUAUAAAAAUAACUUGUUUCAUUCAAAUAUCCGUGACACCAUGCACAAUAACAUGAUGUUUCUGGUUUGGACUGUGACAUAAUAUGAAAGUGCUGUCAUAAAUGGAUUAAAAUCUGGACUCUGGGAUCUCUCGGCUUGAAUUCAGUCCAAACAGGAUGAAGAUCUCUCUGCUGUAAGGUUCCUCUGGAAAGUGACAGUGAAUGUCCCGGGACGUGUCUCCAGGAGGCAUGCCCGUACACACCGGAUUAUUCAACCAACGGAGUUAGAGCUAGAUUUUUGAUUGUGGCACAUUAGUUUUCCACACGAUACACCUGUAUGUUGGUUUGAAUGUUGUGGUGCAAUAGUAUUUUGUGCUUGAGAGUAGCACUUGCUGACAAUAGACCGUAUUCCAGUUCUUUUCCGCAGCAUUGUUGGGGGAUUUACUAACUUGGGGCAGUGGGGACAGUGAGGGUAGAGAUGUCAGGGAGGUGGCAGUCAAAUCAACAGUAAUCCUGGUUUAUUUUCUAAUGCUCACCUGGUUUGAAAAUUUACAAUUAAAAAGGAAGAAUAAACUUGAAUGAAUAUC